CCUGCUUGACAUCUUCCGGCACAAUUUUUUGAAUCCUAAUUGAAAACCUUCAACAAUAAUGGCUCAAUCUCCCGGAACCCGCAUCUUUAUGACGGGAGCCAGUGGCUACAUCGGCAGCGUAGUCACCGAAUUUGUAAUCUCCCAGGGAUACGAGGUCCACGGCCUUUCCCGUACGGAGGAUAACGAUACAAAAAUGCGAAGACUAGGAGCUGUCCCCGUUCGCGGCAAUCUUCAAUCCCUCGAUGUGCUACGCCGAGAAAGUGAAAAUGCUCAAAUCGUCAUUCACCUUGCCGGCGUCAUGACCAGGCACCGGGAUUAUAACGAGAGCCUUCGUAUCGACGCUGCUGCAGUCGACGCUAUUUGCCAGACUUUGCGAGGCACUGGCAAGCGCCUACUCGUCACCUCUGGCUCCAUGGUGCCCUUAAGGAAAACCCCGGUUAAGGACAAGGUAAUGGCCGAAGAGCAUGCCCUGAGCUGGUCUAAAAAAGAAGGGGUUCAUGUGGUUUCAAUUCGGCUAGCGCCUUAUGUAUAUGGACGUGGAGGCAGUGGUGUGCGACUGUUUAUGCAAAUGUAUAGAAGUCGUGGAAGUACAAGAACAUCGGCUGUACACCUUCUUGCGGCAGAAAAGGCAAAGGCUGGAGAAGUGUUCAACUGCACAUCAUCGACAGAUGCAAUUGGGUCGAUACUCGAUCUACCCAUAAAGUCCGUCCCAUUUGAAGAAGCUGUGACGAGAUUUGGUAUGUUUUUAGCCAGUUUCCUCAGCACCGAAAAUUGGGCGAGUAGCACAAAAGCGAUCAAGGCAUUAGAAUGGGGACCUAGUGAGCCAGACAUACUUGAGGAUAUUACGGCCGGUUCAUAUGCAACAGUGACCAAGAAAUUAUUGGAAUUUUGA